GAAAAUCUCAAGAGAAAAUCUCUCAACAAGAGAGCAGCCCGGGUUUUACUAUUUCUCUUAUUUGCUUUCUCUGCAGAUUUCUCCAGCCGUUGGGCUUUGGUUCUUAUCAGCUGUUCUCCCUGCCACACCAGCGUUCCUUUUACCUUGGCUGAGCGGCGAGAACUAUGUGCAGAUCCGUCCCCAGUGGAAUAUCGAUGCUGGGGAGAAUGCUCCCACCUGCAUGUUAUUUUAUUCUGCUGGCAGUCACACUCAUUGCUCCGAGACUGGCAGGCAGGAGCAAUUAUGAAACCCUAGCAGUCUCCAACCGAACUGUGGAGGGCUGCACUCAAGACUGCUCACAGCCGAAUCUUCCCUGCCGAGUUAUUAAAGGAGACUGUCUGCCCGACUACCAGGAUACCUGGCCUCUCUCACCGCCACGAAACACAAAUAUCCACAUUGUUCUGCUGAAGGGGGUCGGGCCAGUGCUGGAGAUUAACUUCACCUAUUCAGCUGAUGCAAACCUCAUUUCUAUCAACAAGACGGUGAUUGCCAUCUCUCGAGCUGGGUCGAUACAGUGCGUGACAUACUGGUACAUCAAUGGAUUCCCAGCACAGACCAACCAUCGAGGAGAACUGUGGAGUCUGACAUACUACACCUGCCAUCGGCUAAAACCUGCACAGCUUCUGUCAGUUAAUAUCUACAGCAUUCCGCCCACAGAGGCUCUGGUGAAGAAUGUCCGCUUACCAGAUUGCAAAAAUCCAAUGAUGAAAAGAUACGCUGAAGACUACUGUCCAGAGAUCGCCAUCCAAUGUGUUCUGAACAACACUGACUUUACCGUGACCUACACCAGUUCCCAUCCCAGUCACGAGUACUUGGUGUAUCUCUGUAUCUGGAAGAGUCGAUACUGCAGCACUGAAGAGGCUCAGCACCUCGCACCAUCCAAGGAUACAAUUGGGAAAGCCAACAGCAUCAUCUUUAAGAACAUUCCGGUGAUUCCGUGUCUGUGUGUCAGGGUAGCCACAAAAAGCCACAGCCUGUACCACGAGGAAAUGGAGUGUCCAUUUAAAGCAGGGAGCUAUCGCCUGAACAUCAAACUGGAAUCAACUCCCUUAUCACUCCAAGUGCAACCCAGUGGCUUUCCAAUGAUCUGCACAAUCCGAAUCAAAGUGAUGUUCUACUACAAGGAAGACGGCACAGGGUGGCUCACAAACAUGUCGGAAGUACAAGAAUUGUUGGUCUCUGAAUUGAAGAUGCAUGAGUUCAGCAUCAAACCAUCCCUGCAACACAAGGUAUUGUGUGUAAAGGUCUGGUCUGAUGACAUCUACCCACUGCCUGAAAAAAUCUACUGCACGCAGCCAAAGGGAACUCUAUCUCGCUGGUUUGCAGCCACCUCUUUGAUAAUUCUCGUCAUCUGUCUGCUGGCUGCACUGAUCCUUUCCAAGAAAUAUAGGAAGAAAUCUCGGCUUUGUCGGAAACUCCGGAGAGAAAAUGAGCAGCUGAAAAUGCUAAUGGCUCCAGUCAAGCUGCUGCUGCUUUGUUCCUGGGAUCACAGGUACUUCCAGGAGGUGGUUGAAGCCUUGGCCUGCUAUCUCCAACAGGACUGCAAAUGUGAGGUGACCCUGGAGCUGUGGGAGAAGAGGCAGAUCGCCGAGAAGGGCGCUAUGAUUUGGCUGUCCGAGAAGCUCACAGCCGCGGAUCAAGUCGCCGUCGUUUGGUCGAAGGGAGCCGAAGUGAAAUGGAGAACAAAGUCCGUCCCUGAGGAGGACAAGCCUUAUUUUGUCGAGUUCGAAUUUGGCGACUUGUUUAGCCCUGCAUUAGUCAGUGUGGCAGACCAACACCCAAAAUCCUUGACCGAUAAGUUCUCUAUUGUUUACUUUGAGAGGAUCAGCGCCGGUGUCAAGGUGCCCGAGAUCUUCAGGAAGAAGCACACUUACAAACUGAUGGAUGACUUGCAAAAAUUCCAGCGCAGGCUCACUUACCUCACAGGGACCGACUGCACAGAAAGCAAAGCUUGGCAGAAGCUGCGUGACAGGAUCGAGGCAUUUGCCGCCUAUCAGCAGCUCUCCCCUACUUGGUUUGAGGACUGGCAUUGCAGAGAAGGUGACGGUCAUAUAUCACGCUCCUCACCUGCACUUCUGAGAAAAAAAUUCUCCAAGUUGGACAAGCUGGUGACUGAGGAGAGCAAUCUAGCAGGUCCCAACUCUCACCUACAUCUCAAAACCACCACACCUGGUGGCCAGUCUCAACGGUCAAAGCACCUCUCAGAAAACUAUGUGACUGUCAAAUCGUUGCUUCCGGCAAACAAUGCACAUGUGUCCAGUUUGGUUUGUGAUGCAUGUCACAACGUUCCUCAGCAGUCCUUGACGUUGUCCUCUGGGUAUUACAGUCAACCCACAUUGACUCCCGAAGGAAGCAAGUCACAGUGAAAGUCUCACAGGCUCCAGACCGCCAAUAUUGAAGAGAUGGGAUCAGGGUGUCUACUCAAGGUAGCUAAGUGAAGGGUUUUGCCCACAUUUUGGAAUGUCCUGUUCCACACACGCUGACGUUUAACAGAACAGCCUCGGCUCAAGUCCUCUGUGGCUCUCAGUGUGAAACAGAAAUAUUUUCAGAGCAAUGGGAAAAGAGUAGGAGAGUGGGGACAAUUUGGAUUGCACUUUUAAUGGGCUGGCCCAUGGGUUGAAUGGCUUCCUUUUGAACUGUAUGAUUGCGCAACACCGUGAGCCACUGAACAUAUUUGGCAUGGCUAUUUUUGACCAUGUUUCUGUUUGUGACAUCUUAGGGUUAUGGCUAGUGGUGAAAAAACUCAUGCCUCAACGCCUCUGUUAGUGCUAGGUCUUCCUCAUCUGAUCCUGUCAGAAUAGAGAUAAAAACAAAAAACAAAAAGACUGCGGAUGCUGGAAAUCCAAAACUUGGUUCUGUCGAAGGGUCAUGAGGACUCGAAACGUCAACUCUUUUCUUCUCCGCCGAUGCUGCCAGACCUGCUGAGUUUUUCCAGGUAAUUCUGUUCCUGUCAGAAUAGACUUUGGUUUAUUAAAAAAUGCAGAAUCCAUUGGAGCUGCAUUUUGAAGCUCGCACCAUAAACGUCAAACACCUUUAUUUUUUAAAUACUGUGAACCUCUGACUACAGACUAAUAUCCACUAUGCUACCUACGCUGUCUCACAACCUUUCAGUAUUAAGGACCUG